AUGAGCUUAUCCCAGUCGUGGUUCCUGCCGCUGAGCAUUCUUCUACUUGUGGAUCAGUGUCAUGGCCUAUUUCUGCCCAACAACACCUUUUUGGAGAACUUUUUGAACAAAUACAGUAACAGCGACACUCCUCAUUCCCGAAGCAGAAGGGCCAUCUCAAGGUCAGAUAAAGAUGAGAUCCUACAACUGCACAACAAGCUACGAGGGCAGGUUCACCCACCGGCCUCUAACAUGGAGUUCAUGACAUGGGACGAGGAGCUGGAAAGGUCUUCUGAAGCCUGGGCUCAGGAGUGUAUGUGGGAGCAUGGACCAACCAACCUUCUCACGUCCAUUGGACAAAACUUGGCGGUACACUGGGGCAGAUAUCGAUCUCCGGCCUUUCACGUCCAGUCCUGGUAUGAUGAGGUGAAGGACUAUACCUAUCCGCACCCACAUGAAUGCAACCCAUAUUGUCCCGAGAGAUGUUCAGGACCAAUGUGCACCCAUUACACCCAGAUCGUCUGGGCCACGACCACAAAAGUGGGCUGCGCAGUCAACGUCUGCAAACGGAUGAACGUGUGGGGAGAAAUCUGGGAGAACGCCGUCUACCUGGUCUGCAACUAUUCCCCAAAGGGUAACUGGAUUGGUGAAGCACCUUAUAAAACCGGGCGACCUUGCUCUGAGUGCCCACCCAGCUACGGCGGCAACUGCAGGAACAAUCUCUGCUACAAAGGUGACAAACCCGUUGUAGAGACAGAGGAGACAAAUGAAAUUGAAUCGCCUCGAAUUCCUGAAGAAACACUGAUCUGGGUGCACGAAAAGAUCACUAAACCCAAAGUUGUGCCAAAGACAACACAGCCAACCACUGAAAACCUAAUGACUCAAGUCAUUAAGUGUGAGACGAAAAUGAGGGACAAAUGCAAAGGAUCCACCUGUAACAGGUAUCUCUGCCCGCCAGGUUGUGCAAAUAAGAAGGCAAAAGUUUUUGGAACUCUUUUCUAUGACAGUAUGUCCAGCCUCUGCCGGGCAGCAAUUCACUAUGGGGUUAUCGAUAAUAAUGGCGGUCUGGUGGACAUCACGCGGAAGGGUCGUCUGCAGUUUUUCGUUAAGUCCACGAGGAACGGCGUAGAAUCUUUAAGUAAAUUUAAACCAGCAAAUUCCUUCAUGGUCGCUAAAGUUACUGCACAGACAAUUGACUGCUACUCAACUGUGGCUGAGAUCUGCCCCUUCGAAAAGCCAGCUAAACACUGUCCAAGAUUUUACUGCCCAAGUCACUGUAAGGACGAGCCUUCCCACUGGGCACCAGUCAUUGGCUCCAACAUUUAUGCAGAUACCUCCAGUAUCUGCAGGACGGCGGUCCACGCCGGAGUCAUAAAGGAUGAGGUUGGUGGGUACGUGGAUGUCAUGCCUGUGGACAGGAAGAACCAUUAUUUCGGCACCAAUAAAAAUGGGAUUCAUUCAGAAAGCAUCAGGAAUCGGAAAGAGGGCAAAUCCUUCCGUAUCUUCACCGUCAAACAGUAA